AUGACUACUACGUACGUUUAGUCACACCGUUGACCGCGAUGCGGACGUUUCGCGUGAAUCGUCGUCGUGUUGAAUUUUUUUUUCGGUCCCUGCGUGCGUCGUGAAUUACCCUGACUCUUCACCGCCGGUGGUGGACAGAAAAUAAGUUGUGAAAUCAAUCAAUCCAUCAAUCAAUCAGUCAAUUGGAUUCGUAACUUAAUUUGAUUUGGCCGAUUGGCCGCGGUCGGUUGGGUCACAACCUGGACACCGGCCACAUCGUAUCAUCUGUCAUCCUUCGUAGGUCAUUGGCAGUCGUCGAGGACGGAGGCGGAACGGACGAGCAAGGACGAUCGGUGAUUUUCACAAUUAUAUCGGAGCGGGAGUGACAAGCGGCGUAGUGAGAGAAAGAGUGUUUAUUCUGAAGCAGAUCGACUAGAGAACCCCGCCGGAUGUCGUCGCUGCUUGCCAGUAGUAAUGGAGUAGGCCCUGCCUGCGGCGGUAGAUCCACCAGUGGAAGCAGUCCGCGUAAUCCAAACGACAACGACAAUAACCUACUUAAGCUAGCGCUUAAAAAGCCCAAAUCCUGGAAGUGGGAACUGACGACGGCCAGCUCAUCACCCGCCCUCAACUUUCCGAAGAUACAGCUGUACGACAGCCGAACCGGUCAGCUAAUGGUCGAGCUGAAUAAGCCGGACUGUGUGGUCAAGAGUGAGGAGCUGUCGAACGAGAGUUCGGAGCGAUCGCGCAGUUCGCAGGAUCGUCGCAACCGGUACCGCCGCUCGCAGAGUUCCUGCAUUCGGGAGAAGGUCGUUACCUCCAGUGAGUACUUGAGUGAUGUGUUCGAGCAGCUGCAGAGCAAAGGGAUGGGUCACAAGGUGCCGACGAGUUUCGUGCAGUAUCGUGAAAAUGAGUGCGAUGGGGAGAGUUUCCCGAUUCAGAAGAGUAAAUCAGCUUGUGAAGUUCGUCGGAAUGUGUCCGCGGAUCAGAGCUCCGCUAAGAAGAAAGUUCUUAAAUCGUUAUCCAGUCGUUCCAGCUCUAUUUUGGGUAGAAUCAGUGAGUUAUACAAAAGUUCGACGGAAGAAGAACCGGUUUCGGUUCCAGCGGUGACUACGCCCGCUCCACAACCAACAAUUCCGGAGAUCACGGUAGUGGAAGAGACGAAACAAGCGGAGAACAAAUCCAAAAUCUACAAACUAGUCCGUAGCAAUGUCGGAACCUUGAUGGUCCGAGAGGAAAGUUUCCACACGCAGCGAAGUUUACGGCGUCGGCAACAGCUGUUAAACGACAACGUCGACGAACGAAGCAAAGAGAACACCGCCGUCGACGUGAAACGUAUCGUUAUGACGGACAUUCCGGAGUUCAGCUACGACACUACAAUUCAUGAAAUCGACGCAAUGAUUUCGAAGGUUAUGCUGUCUCACACUCUACCGGAUGCGAGCGAGAUUCCGCCGGCGGAAUACCGCCGGAAGUCGGUUCAACAUGGACCGGGACCGGUGCGGAGACGACGUUCGCGAAGAAGUGCCAGUGCGGGAAGUAACGGCAGUGGGUUCCGAAGGUCGAUUACUCCGGGUUAUUCGUCCUCGGAUGAGCAGCAGAAGGAAGACUUGGUCACACAGGCUGAGACGCGAUUCGGUUCGCUGAAGCGACGGGGACGUGCGAAACAGCGGCGGAACGGUGCGAUGGGUGGUGGCGCUAGUGUCGCUAGUAGCGGUCAGGCAAGCCGACAGCAGGAAAUAAACGCACAAAUCGGCGAAGCCGUCAUCGAUCAGCACUGUCAAAUAGCGGAAGGAAGUUUUCCCUCAUUUCUGGCAACACUGUCGUCGUCAUCGUCCUCCAAGUUGCCUCCGCCGUCCACUGGUGAUCCUGUGGAGGCGACGGUAGCAGAAACGGCGCCAUCAUUCCCAGAAAGCUUAUCGGUCAAAUCAUCUUCCACUUCACUGUCGACACUUUCCGGGCCGUCCGGUGGAGAGGAGUUGUCGGCGUUAGAUCGAAUUGUUGUGGAUGUUGCGAAGGACGAUGAACGAGUUGAUAAACAAUCGAGUGUUGUUGGUGGAGAUGGAGCUUCGGAAGUCAUGUCGGAGUCUUCUUUAAUCGAAGGAAUUCGUGGUGAAAAUAAGGAUGUUACGGUUAAGGAGAACCCUUCAAAUAAUUUGCUGGAUGAAACAGGCUUGGAGACGAUCGUCGAUGCAGUUUCAUCGGUGAUCAAUCAGGAAGAUGAAUCAACUGUGGUAAAAUGUUUCGAAAAUGAGUCGGAAUCUUUAAAUAUUAAAGCAGUCAGCGUUGCUACGAGUCGUGAGUUGCUUGAAGCUAUGGAAUCACUGUCAACGGUAGUGCCUCUUGAGCCGCAACCGUUGGACAAUUCAGAAUCGUUCGAGUUAGAACAGCUGUCAAUAACUCCGGCAUGUGUUCAGUAUAUUACCACAGUUGAAGACCAGUCAACAGAAAUUAUAAAAAUGCCUUCUACGGUUGAUUGUCCAGAGUUGAAGACUUCAAAUAGCGAACUUGAUGCGGUGGUCAUGCGUUCUGAUGAACCAUCCUGCACUGUCUCAGUAUCUCGAGAAAUUCCAUCGGAAAUGUUACUUAAAUCUUGCAAUAGCUUGAACAAUGUACUCAGAUCUAUUGACGACGUCGAGUCAAUCGAAACUCAGAUGACCCGCGAGGAAGUGAUCCAGUCAUCGCCGACUUCGAUUUCCAGCGAAGUUGCGAAUUUGACACAGACGAAUGAGCCCUUGCCUGUCAAAGAAGAGCAAUCAACUGUGGCACUACAAACUUCAAACGGAGACACAGUAGAUGAUAUCUGUCAAAAUCCAACUAACGAUGUUUCAAGCGAAGAAUCUGCGGCACAUUUUAUGAAAACUCGUCAAAAUUUCGAAGGAGGAUUUUCACAGAGCGUGAACCCAGUUAAAGCAAAUUUGUUUCCUCGUAGUUCAUUGAAGAAACGUGAUAGAUUGCCAGCUGAAACGGAUUCGAAUGAAUUACCACAGACUACAACGGAAAACCUAUCAAAGCAGUUACCAGCGUCGAACUCUGGAUACACAACAACCUUCCAACCAAAACCGUCCGAACCGGAACCAAUUCCAUCGAGCACCGCUCGUUCCAAAGAAUUCGCCAGCUCUUGCUUCCUCCGGUCUCGACCGUCUUCUCAGCGUAGACAGGUUCAAUUCAGUGGCCUCGAAGAAGCCAAUGUAACACCAACCAGACUUCCCAAUCUGGCAACAUCACACUCAACAUCCUCGCUAGCGCUGCUUCGCAUACAAGAAUCCUUGGAUAACUCAAGGCAGCUUCUCCAACAGCAGCAACCAGUGGUCGUUCAACGUCGCCAGCAAAAGUCCUACACUAGUCGGCAUCAUCGCUCCAGCUUGUUGCUACCGUGAAUCACCGUGGCUCAAAUAUAGAAACCUUAUUUAAUACUGUUUCGUUUAUUUCUACUUACAAAAACUACA